AUGAGCUGGAAGCCCCUUUUGGCAGUUUUGAAUAUGUACAAUGGUAACAAGAUACGCCCACUCGGGAAAAAGAGGAUUAGUAUGCGUAAUCCAAAGAACAAUAGAAAGUACUUUCUUGAGUUUCAGAUUGUUGGUGAAGAAAACAAGCGAUUGCUUGGAGCAUCUGCUAUACAGGGAAUGCAACUAAUUACAGUAAAAACGCAGACCAUUCUGGCUGUUGAGGGUUCGCAGAGCUACGAAGGUCUUACCUUGCCUCAAGUUGUUAUGCAGUACAAGGAUGUCUUCGAGGGAGAUGGUAUGCUGGAAGACAAACUACAUCUUCAUGUGGAUCAGAAUGUAAAACCAGUACAGAUGCCUGUUCGCAGACCACCUAUCGCCCUGAAGGAGAAAUACAAAAAGGAGCUGGAGAGGUUGGUUCAAAGGAGAAUUAUAGCAGCAGUUUCAGAACAAACAGAGUGGAUUUCAUCUACUGUAGUGGUAGAGAAACCAUUAUCCUUUGCCAACUAUUGA